GCUAUGUGCGCUUGGCCACUCUCCUGAGCGCUAGCACAUUACGUUCUUGCCUCAUUGUUUACGUUCAUGAUGGGCUGAAAGCUUACCAUCCUCCUUGCUGCUGCUGAUUCAGUAGCAUUGUAGGGCACUCAACAAGCGCACCUGGUCGGGAAACCCGGGCCCUCACAACAUUCGCUCAAUCUGUCUAGUUUCAUACCUCAGUAGCAAUGGAAGCCCGCCAAUCCAUGGCUCUACGCCCCCAGGAGCACGGGGGUCUGUUCGGGUCACGGCCGGUCCCCGGCACGUCUGCUUUUCUGUGCACCACCGUUCGGCCCGUGCCGCUCGAUUCGCCGGCGCGCGGGAUCUUGCGCUCGGCGUCGCUGCAGCGCCCGAGCUGGGCUGAGCCAGCCUUCGCCGCCGCUGCCGGCGUCGGCGCCGGCCCCGGCAUCAGUAGCCAGUACCGAGCCGCUGCAGCUACGGCCGCACCGUCACCGCUAUUGCGCCGCCGUCACCAGGGCCUCCUGGCGGCGGCCGCGGCCUCCGCCGGCAGCCCCGGCGGCCCCUCCCCGGCGGCGACGCCGCUCAGCAGCAGCUCCGAGCCGCCCGCCGGGAGCGCCGCCGGCUCUGACGUCGUGGCGACCAACGGCAACGGCGCAAAUGGCGCACACACAGCCAAUGGCGCGCACGCGCCCUCCCUUGCGGCGGCUGGGGCGGACGGCGGCAGCGCCGCCGCCACCGCGCACGCGCCGGCCUGGGAGCAGAAAGCUCGCGCGGCGGCGGCGGCGAUGAUGGCGUCGGGCGUGGACGGCGAGGAUGACGGCGCGGGUGCGGCGCCGGCGGCGGCGCCGCCCCCCGCCAAGACACGCAUUCAGAACGCCAUUGACAUGGCCACCUUCGCGCUCCCGCUGGCCACCCAGAACGUGCUGGGCUACAGCCUGAACGCGCUGAGCGAGUCGCUGGUGGGGCGGCUGGGCGCCAGCAGCCUCAGCGCCUCCACGCUGGCCAACUCCACCUACAGCCUGGUGGGGCUGUCGGUGGUGUGGGGCGGCGCGGCGGGCAUGGAGACGCUGUGCGGGCAGGCCUAUGGCGCGGGCAACCGGCGGCUGAUGCGGCUGGUGCUGCUGCGCGCGGUGGUGGUGUGCUGGGCGGUGUGCGUGCCGGUGGUGGCGCUGUGGAGCAACGCCGAGCCCUUCCUGCUCAUGCUGGGGCAGAACCCCACACUGGUGGCGGCGUCCACCGAGUACCUCAAGGCCCUGGCCCCCUCCAUGUUCGCCUACGUGCUGGCGGAGUGCGUGCAGACGUACCUGGUGGUGCAGGGCAUUGUGGCGCCCACCACCAUCGCAAAGGCCGUGGUGACGGUGGUGGGGCCGCUCUACUACUACGGCUGCAUGUUCUGGCUGGACCUGGGUCUGGUGGGUGCCGGGUAUGCCUACGCGCUGUGCAAGGCCACAAACGCGAUGCUGCUGCUGGGCUGGCUGGGCUGGCGCAUACUGCGAGGGCCGGAGCAGCAGCAGCAGCAGCAGCAUCUCGCUUCCAAGGAAGUGGCAGUGGCGGAGGGGGAGGAGGGGGCGGAGGGCGGGGCGGCGGGCGCCGCUGCGGCGUUGGGCAAGGCGGAUGCAAGCGGCGGCGGCCCUUUGAAGCUUGCAGACCUGAGACUGGUCGAGGCGCAGAAGGCGCGGGCGGAGCAGAAGAAGCGGGAGCAGCAGCAGCGGCUGUUGGAGGGGAGGCAGGGCGAGUCGUCGGAGGGGCGGCGGCAAAAGCGUGGGGAGCACGGCAUGGACGGCAACGCGCAUGAGGAGAUCCUGACGCCGCCGCUUGCGGCCGCCGCCUCGGCACCCGAGUUUAACCUCGGGCAUGAGGGCGCGAUGGCGGCGGCGAAGGUGGAGUCGAGUGGCGAUGCGUCGCGGCGGGGGACAGGGACGGCGUUGGCGGCGGCCGCGGCUGGGACGGGGACGGCGGCAGUGGCGGCGGCGGCGAUGCCGACGGCGUGGGGCGGGCUGCUGCACGGCCGCGGCGCAGAGAUGUGGGCUGCAGUCAAGGCGGAGAUGGUGGAGGUGUUUGACCUGCGCGCGUGUUGGGAGUAUGUGAAGUUCGGGUUCCCGGCGGCAGUGAUGUCGUGUCUGGAGUGGUGGGCGUACGAGGCGCUCGUGAUCAUGGCAGGCUGGCUGCCCAACGCGGAGGUGGCUCUGGGCUGUUUGGGCAUCUGCCUCACCGUCAGCGGCUGGGUGUACAUGGUGCCACAGGCCAUCUCCACGGCCGCAUGCACGCGCGUGUCCAACGCACUGGGCGCCGGGGACGCGGUCACGGCCAAGCGCAACUUCCAGGCCGCCUACGGUCUGGUCCUGGUGUCGCAGCUGGCCAUCUCCGCCUGCCUGCUGCCCAACGCCGCCCGCGUGGCGCGCUUCUUCUGCCCCGACCCUGUGGCGGCGGCGCUGGCGUCCACACUGCUGCCCAUCACGGCGCUCAAUACCAUUGGCGACGGCAUGAACUGCGUGCUGAACGGCAUCCUGCGCGCCUGCGGCCGCCAGGCCCUGGGCGCGCGGCUGCAGCUGAUGACGUACUGGGUGUGCGGCCUGCCGCUGGCCUACUGGGCGGCCUUCAAGAUGGGGCUAGGAGUCAAGGGCUUUGUGAUGGCCAUCGGCGCCACCAGCCUGGCGCAGUCGCUGCUGGUGGGGCUGCUCAUCAGCCGCUUCAACUGGGACGUGGAGGUGCGCAACAGCCAGCAGCUGCUGUCCACAAUCUCCAGCUCCGGGUCCUCGGGGUCGUCGGGCUCCGCGGACGAUGCCAGCGGGGCGGAUGAGGGGGCGGUGGGGGAGCAGGGGGCCGCGGCGGGCGGGCGGCGGUGAGGGCUGGUGAGGGCGUGGGGUGGGUUGUUGAGGGCGUGGAGGAGGUUGGUUUGAGCGCGGGGUCAGGCGGCGGGAGGGCAGCGUUGGGCAGUGUUGCACAUAAGAACCGCAGGACUGGGAGGGCGGAGACCGUGCGAGGAUAGUAAGGCAUACGGGUGGCGCGGUUUUACUUGCACGGGGUAGAAUUGCAUCAUUGGCGUCAUGACGGUUUCCAUAUUUGAGUGAGGGGUAAGUGAAGCAUAAUUAGUGUGGUGUCCAAUGUGCGCACCAUUCACCGUAUCACGGCCUAGCUCGUCUCUUCAUCAUGUGCUUCUGAAAGAUUUUAGUGAAGGUGCCGUGAAUCCUGUUCCGGCCGGUGGUUGUGUUCUGUUUGUGUUUUGUGAUUCCUGGGCCAAGAAUGGCAAUAAGAGAUCCUCGAGGAGUGUCAGAGGUACCAUAAGGAUGUCCCCGCGGAUGCUGGGCAAGUCCGUUUCAACUACAAUAGCGGCCGCAGCUGCGGCACUGUUUUAUGACAGCCACCCAGACGCAAGGUGGCAUCGCUCAGGAGGCGAUUUGAAUUUAUUGAUGUGGUGGUUGCGUGCGCCGAGGAUUGGACGUAGAGGAGAGCAUACACCACACAGGAGUGCAGUGACGCGGGGAGAGGAGGGCAGUGCGUGGCAUCGCACGAGGGCUGUCGUGCUGUGGACGUCGAGGGGGGCUAUGGGGCCGGACUUAGUAUGCGGGUCGGUGACAGUAAUAUAUGGACGGACGUGUGGCGGGUUUUGGAAUGUUGGCAACCUCUGGCAAGACUUCGCAACUGUGUUUCCUUUGUCGUUGCUGUUGGUCGUAGUGCUGCGGUUGUGGUGGCGGUGCGCGCAUUGCGCAGGCAAGGGCGCCCUGUGCGCAUGGCCAGGCGACAGAGGCAGUGCAAGGUGUCCCAGAUGGCAGCAGCGUACUGAAGUACUGUACGCGCGCAUGCGGCGGCGAGGGUGUGUGGUGACAUCAGCAUUUGAUAUGAGGCGCGUGGCGAUAUGGCGAGGCGCGGAGGCCGGCAACGUGAGGACUGAGUGAUGAGCCAUGUAGCAAGCAGGCACGUGGGCACACAGACGCCUGGAGUGUGGGUUACUAGCGGGCGGUGGGUACAUAGAAUAUUGCAAUCAGCUGUGACGCUGCGUUGCACGGCCAGUAUGGUUCGGACGGUGUGCGGUAGUUCGUGAGAUCGACGGGCGACCAGGAAGCGGUGUCGUGCUGGCGCAAGUGUCCGUGCGUGUGGCGUGUGUGACGUGUGGGCCGCUUACGGCAAACGGACCAGUCGGACUGCGUCAGUGCAAGCAUAGCGGCGAAUUGAUUACUGGGUGUUUUGCAAGCAUGCACAGCUCCAGUAGGAGUUCUUGCAGGCCCAGGGGACAGUCGGGAAACCGAUGUUAAGACAAGAUGAACACUGAUGAACACGACAGGUGUGUGCGUCCAUUAUUGAUGCCCGACUCUGCAGGUGCUAUGCAACAUGAAUGCGAGCAGAAGGUGUGAGUCACUAAGUUAUGACAGCUGCUUCGCGCUUGUCUGCCGUGCGGAAUUCAGGGGAAGGUCCUAAGGUGUACGUACGAUAUGAAUCUCGCGUAUAGACGAAG